UUCUCAGUUCUUACAUUUCAAGUUCCCUUCUCUGGCGGAAUCGGGCUCCGUCGUGCAACCCCUUCAACCUCGAAGUUUUGUUCACAACUUCCUCUGUUUCCCCCUCUGAGUGCUACAUCAAUUUUGCAUUUGCAUGGAGCGCAACAUGGAUCAUUCACUAAAAACCGAUGUUUCGCAUCUUUCCAGACUGAUUGAAUUUACCAGUCUCUUUUCUCUUCGUUUUAGACUCAUGUUACUUUCACUUCUUUUGUUGCCCACCUUAUCAUUUACUCACAUACGUUUACAUUUCACACCAAACCCCCUAUAUAACUCCACAUAUACCCCUAGCAUCGUUCCCCUUUGGGAGAAGAGGCGUAAUGGUUCUUGGAAUAAUCGAUAAAUUCUGAAAUGGAAGGCGGCCAGUUAGGUAGGAGGAAGGAGGAAGUAGGUAGACAAAGUAAAUUGAUUAAUUCGCCCUGUUACACGCC